AUGUGGGUAUGUGUUGGCGAUGACUUUGAAGUUGUUAGGUUGAUUAAAGAAAUUAUUUAUUCUGCAACACAUGUGGAUUGUGCGAAGUUAAAAGGCGAUGAAAUACCCAGGGGUUUGCAAGAAACUUUAACUGGUCAAAAGUUUUUGCUUGUUUUAGAUGAUGUUUGGAAUGAAAAUCCAAUGAAAUGGAUGGAUCUGAGAAAUUUACUGCUAAAUGGUGCCAAUGGAAGUAAAAUUAUUGUUAGUAAACGCAGUAAAACUGUUGCCGAGAUAAUGGGCACCGUUUCCCCAAAUUUCAUAGAAUUACAAGGUCUUUCGCCUGAGGAUUCUUUAUUGUUGUUUAAAAGGUGCGCAUUUAAAGAUGGAGAAGGAAAAGAUUUUCCAAACCUCAUUAAAAUCUCCAAGGACAUUGUGGGAAAAUUUAGCUCUGAGGACUUUAGGGAGCUUACUUUUUGCAAACACAGAUGA